GAGAGAGAGAGAGAGAGAGAGAGAGAGGUGGGAAAAAAAGAAAACUCCAGAUCACAUGACCGCCUCCGUUAUUUCCUGCAGCAGCUACCUCUCCGCUGCUCGCUCCUGCCUGCGACAGCACAGCAGCGGUGUGGUCGCUCUGAACGCACGUUAACGGGAAGAAAAAACAGUCCACACGUCGUGAAGGCCUCACUGUAAACCCUGUUGCAGUCACAGCGACGACGGAUAUAAACACACACACACACAUACAUAUACAUAUAGUUUUUUCUAAUCUUAGUGGCUCUUUUUUGUAUUUGAUAGUCUUGUGAAAAAAAAAGAAAAAAGGAAAAAAGAAGAAGCCAGUCCUCAUAAUGGCGACAGCUGCGGUGUCUGCCCCUGCUGGCUGCGGCCCCAGCCCCGGGCCGGGAACGGAGCUCGUCCGCGGGCAGGCCUUCGACGUCGGGCCUCGGUACAGCAACCUCUCCUACAUCGGGGAGGGAGCCUACGGGAUGGUGUGCUCUGCCUACGACCGGGACAACAAGAUCCGCGUCGCCAUUAAGAAGAUUAGCCCUUUCGAGCACCAGACGUACUGUCAGCGCACCCUGAGAGAGAUCAAGAUCCUCCUGCGCUUCAAACACGAGAACAUCAUCGGAAUCAACGACAUUAUCCGCACGCCGACCAUCGACCAGAUGAAGGACGUAUAUAUUGUCCAGGAUCUCAUGGAGACAGACCUGUACAAGCUCCUGAAGACUCAACACCUGAGCAACGACCACAUCUGCUACUUCCUCUACCAGAUCCUACGAGGGCUCAAGUACAUCCACUCUGCCAACGUCCUGCACCGCGACCUGAAGCCCUCCAACCUCCUGCUCAACACCACCUGUGAUCUCAAGAUCUGUGAUUUUGGUUUGGCUCGCGUGGCCGAUCCUGAUCACGACCACACCGGUUUCCUAACAGAGUAUGUAGCCACUCGUUGGUACCGAGCACCUGAGAUCAUGCUCAACUCCAAGGGCUACACCAAGUCCAUAGACAUCUGGUCGGUGGGUUGCAUCCUGGCUGAGAUGUUGUCCAACAGGCCAAUCUUUCCUGGGAAGCACUACUUGGAUCAGCUCAACCACAUUUUGGGGAUCCUGGGUUCUCCCUCUCAGGAGGAUCUCAACUGCAUCAUCAACAUCAAGGCCAGGAACUACCUUUUGUCGCUGCCUCUACGCUGCAAAGUGCCGUGGAACCGCCUCUUCCCCAACGCUGAUCCAAAAGCUCUGGACCUGUUGGACAAGAUGUUGACCUUUAACCCUCACAAGAGGAUCGAGGUGGAGGAGGCCCUGGCGCACCCUUACCUGGAGCAAUAUUACGACCCUACAGAUGAGCCUGUUGCUGAGGCUCCGUUCAAGUUCGACAUGGAGCUGGACGACCUACCCAAAGAGACACUGAAGGAGCUCAUCUUUGAAGAAACUGCACGUUUCCAGCCCGGAUUUAGAUCCUAACAUCUCACACAGAUGACUCUGUGGACUGGCUUCUGCAUUGCCACUGCUCCUCCCCCGCCUCCACACUGUUGCUGUGAUUUAUUAUUUCUCUUUCUUUUUUUUUAAUUCUUUUCUUUCUCUCUUUUUUGGUUUUUAUUCUCCUCCUCCUGUUGUCCACAUCACCUGGAUUCCUCGGGUCUCACUUCGUCAAGUCCACUUUGCUCAGGAAUGGCGUCAGGAAUCAAUCAAUCAAUCAAUCAUUCUCUGUCUCUUUAUUUUCUUUUUCCUCUCUUUCCUUUCUUUCUCCCUCGGAGGUGGUGAUGGCUGAGGGCGUGGAGGGGAGAGGAGAGAGGGCGUUGGGGCUGGGGGGGGAGUCCCAUCACAGCUUACAGUUUGGGAGUGAUUUUGUGUUUUAAGCCAAGAUAAACAGUUUUUUUGUGUGUGUCUCAAAGGCGUUUUGGCUGCGGCUUAUUCCUACUCAAGACCUUUUAUGUGCAGUCCAAUAGACUUACUGUUGUUUAUGUUUAUUUUCGUGCAACUGUCGUGGUUGUAACUCUGCCUACAUUGCACAAAAAACUAUGUAUUACUCAUGCGAAUCAUCCACCAUCAUAAAAACAAAAGGUCUUUUGAAUUUUCUAACCUUUGUCGCACUGUUACAAGGGAUCUCUCUCUCUCUUUUUGUUUUUUUCCUCUCUUUUUGUGUUUAAAAAAAAAAAGAAAAAACCAGAAUGAAAUCAACUGAUUUAUGCAAUGAAUGAAAUCACAUAAUCAGCCAGAAACUUUGUGGGGCCACAAGCCAUCACUCGGUGUUGAUGAGGAUCAAUAUUUUAUCAACGACCUUGUAUUUUAAUCCUUAAAAACACUCACACACAGAAGGCCCGAAUGCAAAUAUAUACAUAUAAAUAUAGAAAUAAAUAUAUAUAAAUAUAUAUAGCCGAAAGAGUCUUAAGAUAUUUUAAUGGCAAGAGUGACAAUAGUGAUAAAAUUUUAUUAAAAUUAAAAAAGAAAAGAAGAAGAAAUGCCCGUUUUCAUUUCUCAUCGGCUUCAGUUUUUGUGCGCCAGAAAUCGAAAAGAAAAGUUUUCACCAUCGAUUUUUCUGCCUUAGCCAUGAGAACCUAAAAGGAAGAGUCCGUUUAUCUCACACAAGUCUGUAUGUACAGUAUGAUAUUUUUCAUAUUUGUGGGAGGGGUGGGUGCAGGGUGGGUGCAGGGUGAGGGGGGGAGGGUUUACUGCGUCAGGACAAGAAUUCAAUCGUCACAACACAACUCGUUUCGUCUGGAGGAGAUGUUGUCGUGCCUCCCUUAUCGUCCUGUUUCGUGUUUUCUUUUUCUUCUUCUUCUUCUCUUUCUCGCCUUGUUAGAAUAAUACUGUGCCCUUUGCAUGACUGUUAUAAGCUCUGUAUACAAAGACGACGAUGUUAAGUGCCACACAAGCCGGGCAAAUCCUGCAGGGGGAGCGGCGCCCAGGCUCUUUCUGUUCUACCUUUUUGUGGUAUAUCACACACACCUCCCAAAAUCACAUGGUGCUUUUCGUCCAGUUUUUUUUUUUUUUUUUUACCAGCUUCGGCGUCCUCUCUCUCUCUCUCUCUCUCUCUCUCUCUUUCGCGUUUCUGUACGGUUUUCAAAUCUUUUUUUUCUUCUUUUUUUUGUCGAACUCCAUGUGCAUGCUAAGACGUCUUCGUUGUGGUUUCAAAAAUAGGAGAAUAACCAUAUAUCUGUAUUUAUACUGGUCACAAAAAAAACAAAAAAACAUAAAACACGACGUUUCCUGAACCUGAGAAAUGGGAUCCAGGCAUGAUGCAGAUGAAAUAAUACUCAAUCGUAACCGAUCGUGUUUCGCAUUCAGUCCUCUGUAACAUUUCUUUUGCUUUAAUUGCACAUUUUCAUGCUGAUAACGAGUUUGCAGUGUCAGUACCAGCAGACGUCUGCAGUAUAAAUGAACAAAAAAAUUUUUUUAAAAAGUUUAAAAAAACAGAACUGCAGCAGAAGUCAAGACCAUAUUUUCACUUCUUGUCAGUAACUGCUGAUUAAAGACUGUUGAAUUUGAAGAUUUUAUUUCAAGUGAAAGGAAUUAUGACUUUAAAGAUUAUAUAUGUGGAUUUGGAAACUAUUUUUGGGGGGGGGUUGGGGGUGGUAGUGUGUGGGGGGGCACACAUAUAAAAAAGCCCGAAGCAGUGAGACGUCAUUCGAGUAUCACUGUCCUUUCAUUUUGUUUACACGUGGGCCUCAAACAAUGUUCAGCGUCACAGCUAACACCCGAGCUUCGGUCGUUGGAUCGCAGAAUCGCGACUUCUUCAGAAGAAAGCAACGUAACGAAUGAAACAUUAACAACACUAAAGCAUCUCACAGUAGAUUAAAGUUAAACAAUCUACCUGAAUGGAUUCUUCAAGAAUCAAAGACUCUGCUGGCACUUAAAGUGAGAAAUUAGAGAUUUAAAUUUCAGAUCUGUCGAGCUGCUUUGGCUGAUUUUUUUUUUUUUUUCAUUCUUUCCGAUGUUUAAGAUCUGUGACAAAAAGUACUAGUCCGAGCUGUAAACUACUACUUCUGUAUUUACAUACAAGUCAAAAACAAGUUUGAGCUGUUUUCUCUGAGGGCAGAGUCAAAUUAAAUCAGUGGAUGGAGCCAAAGAUUCAGUCAAGUGAUGUUUAGAAGAGGCUAAAGUUCAACCACCAGAGGUCACCAAAAACACGAUUUACAGAUGUUAAAUUGCUCUUAAAGUUUUCAGAUUAUUCUGUAAUUAUUUUAAUCCAACUGGUCUGCUGACCUUUAAUCAAAAGAAAAGAAAAGGAUAUUUUCUGGAAAUAACUUUGUAAUUUGGUCUUAUGUGUAGGUAAAUCAGAGACAUUUUUCAACAGAACUACCAACAAAUAAUAAUUUUCAUUGUUGUUUAAUCUCAUUAAAUCAUUUUUAUUAUUAUUAUUUAGUCUUAAAAAAUGUCAAAAUUUCCCUGAUUUUUCAUUUUUAAUAACCAUUUUUUGUCCAACCAACAGUCCAAAACCAAGAAUUAAGCUAAUGCUGCUAUGAAACGAAAUAAAAAACAGCAAUUACACAUAUUGUGAGAAGCUGUAACCAGUAAAUAUUCAGUAUUUUUACCUCAGUUAAAUGACUUAAACAAUGAAGCAUUUAUUAGAAUUGCUUAGGAUUUAUUUUCUGUCAGUCAACUAAUUGAUAAGUCAACUAGUUCGUUGUUAAAUUAGUCCACUUCCAAUGAAUUAAUUCCAAUUAAUUUCUAUGAAUCUAGAGUCUUUUCGGCAGUAGGUCAGAUAAACAUGCAAAAAAUGUGCAGUUUGUCUGAAGGUAAAUAUAAAAUUCAACAUUCUCUAUGAAUCUGUAUCGUCUGAACACAUUUAACUUAAGUAAAAGUCUUAAACAGGAAAAAAAAACUUCUUGCUGAAGCCCAAAAAACUGGUUUUCUUGGUUCCGUCCACAGAGAUUUAAUUCCUCUAAAAGACAAUAUGACCAAACCUCCAUUACAGAAAUGACAGUUUUUGCACUCACAGAUUUCACCUGCACAGACACAGUGAGGUUAAAGACUCACCUGUCCCAGUACACCUGUCCUCCUCCACACUUGCUCUACACACCCGUCUGUCACACACUUACUAUUAUUAUAAAUGCACUUGCUUCUACAGUAGUUGGGAUGGGACUAAUCCGAGGUGCCUGCCGGGACUUGACUUGCCUGUAGAUAGUCUUUUUUUGGGGGGCGAGUUGGGAGGGGAGUUGGGGGGGGGGGGGUUAAGUGAGAACAUUAAGGGCACUGGAAAACCUUAACUGGGAUUAGUUGUAUUAAGAAAAAAAAGACAAAAAAGCUUCUGCUGAGUUCUUUGUGCGACCUUGUCUGUUUGUGCCUUUUUUGAUAGUCUUGAUAUCCAAGAUUUGAUGUGCAGCUUUUGUUUAGUCGGGAAUCCGUUGUAAUCGCAGUAUACGCUCUUAAAAAUGAACACAAUCAAUUUUUUUAAUUUUUUUUUUUUUUUUUUUUGGGGGGGGGGGGGGGGGGUCGCAGGCGGGAAUCCUUAUCUUUCUUUUCUGUAAAUUUUAAAAGAGAUUUGUUGCCACAGCUGUGUGAUUUGUGACUGUAUUGAAAAGAUGAAAAGCAAACAUUUAUAUUUUUUGCGUUACCCUUUUUUCCUUGAGCCUUUUUUCUUUUUCUUUUUCUUUUUUUUUUUGAUGUUUUUGUGCAGAUAUUUUUAUUGUAAAAUGAAUGUUAUGUUUCUAUCAGACACUAAUCUUGUUUGAGUUGUCUCCAGUGGAACUACUUCACUCUGUAUGUUUUGAUCAGUAUAAACCUUUAAUUGUGUAGUUAACUAAAAGAAAAAAGGAAAAAAAUGAAAUAAAAUCCUUGGUUGUAUUUUAAAGGUUUCUGUUUGACCUGCCAUAGAAAUUGUUUUUGAAUUGAUCGGUCGGUUUUAUUUUGCUGUUGUGUGAAGGAUUUGACUUGAACGAAGCAUUUCUUUGCUGUUAUUAAAAACCGACUGCCACUUUGAAAAAAAUCUGUUUUUUAAUUGUUUUUUUUUCUUUUUUGCAACUCUGCCAUGACAUUUAAAUAGACGUUCAUUAAAAACACUGUACCUUCA